UAAUUAUUAAUAAUAAUUUGAAUUUAAUGUCAUUUAUUAAUGUUCACACUGGUGAAGCAGGAGCCCAAGCAGGAGAGUCAAGGGUUACCAAGAAUAUCAAGACCAAAAAAAUUGGGAAGAGAAGUGAAUCCAGAAAGAGAGCCAAAUCAAGGAGAAAGAGAAGAGAGAAAGGAUUCUCAACCCCACUUAUUGAAAGGAUCAAAGUGAUUAAUUCUAUUUUUCAUGAUUACGAGGCUAGUGCUAAAGCUCAUGGCAGCUCUUCUGAGUCCACCAAGAGCAUUGCAGAUUAUUUCAUCGUGAAGAUCAAUCAGUGCACCCAAGAUCUUUGAUAUAUGCAAGAUAUUUCAGCUAGUAUUCCUCAUGAUAGUAAAGUAUCACUCAAGAUUUGUGAACUCCUCGAAAUUACCUCAAGAAAUGCAAUUAAGAUUGUCAGUGACUCAGGAAUGAUGGAUAGCUCAAAAAUCAAUUUUGCACUCAUCUAUUAUGUUCAAGCUUAUGCAGCAAUGCAGAGUGGCAAAAUUAGAAGAGCAAUUGCUAACCUUGAGAUGGCAAUCCAGUACCAGAAAGAAUAUCUUAAUGAUCUGAUUGCCGGCAGAGGCAAUGUCAGGUUUGAAGCAGAAGGAUACCCUCUUUUGAAUCAUGGAGAAGAUAUCCAAGACCCUCAAUAUAUGGAAGAAGGGACCCUUUCAAAGAGAAUUCAAGAGAAAUAUGAUAAAGAGUACUUUUUGUUGAUAAAGAUGCUAUGGCUUAAAUGAGAUGUGAAUGAAUGAAGGAAUAAUCUACAACAGUGAAUCGAAAUCUAUAAUGAAACCAUGGAUAUGAUUUCUACAAAUUAUGGAAGAUCGAAUCCGGCUUAUCAAGAGACUAGCAAACGUAAGGGUAAAGUAGUGCUGAAAAUGUCUAAGAAAUACUCAUCGAAAACAAAGAAGAAUCUGAUUAUAAAAUAAUUCAAUAUUUUCUCCUGCAAAACCAAUUAUCUCUUCUACAAAAGCUAGCAGAGGAUCUAGCAGGAAGAAGAGAAGACAGAAGUUAUUUGACUCUUUAAACCAGAAAGCUACAUUUCUCAUUGAAAAAUCAACGAGAAACAUGAAUUUCAAUGUCGAACCAAAGAUGAAAUUAGGGCUUAGAUCAACAAUUGAUGAAUCUUUUGACAGGUCUUUUAGUAGUAGGACAUCUACAAAACCUCUCUACUUUCCUUUCCCAAACACCAAGAUUGGAGAUGGAACUAAGAUAAUAAAAAGACCAAAGUCUGCUUUUAGGAAAGAUAAAAGCUUUUAUUCAACUAAAGGGAGGGAAAAAUCAUCAGGGAAGAGCUUUUUCAUUAAAACCUCUAUAAAACCUACUAUGAAGACGGCUUUUUAUAAUUCAAAAAGUGGGAAAGGCAAGAGAAUAUUCUCAAAUAGAAAGCCGAGUAAUAGCUCAGGGAAUAGUUCAAUCCUGGAUGAUAAGCAUCACACUGAUAGAUAUAAGUUGCUACAGGCAACUAGCAACCCUUCAUUUAUGGCCCCUAGGAUUGGAAACAUGAAACAGAACAUGGGUGCUCCUGUUUACGAGCCUUACAAAGAGACAAAUAGUCAAUUAAGUUCUAUGGAGAAGGAUUACCUUAACAGAUAUCCGCUAACACACUCUGAGAUCAGUGAUAUUAUCCAAAGAAGGACUGGAAGCUCAAAAGCUGGAUCCUCCUCAGUCCAUGACUCUCUUACAGGAAAACCUGCUCAACCUGGAGACUAUCCUCCAACCCAUGAUUUUGUGAAACGAACUGAGAUUAAGCAUCUUUUCGAACAAAUGGUGCAAGAAAACCAGGAGAAAAUCAAAGAGCCAGUUGAUACCAAGAGUUUUAGAAAUAUAGGAGAGUUCUCAAAGGCUCUAUUGAUCGAAACUCCCAAAACUAAGAAGAAGUCUAAGAAGGAGAAAUCCCAGAAUGUGUAUGUCCACAUCGAGAUAAAGCAGGAGGUGGCAACAAAACAGAUCAGAGUUUUUGUCAAAGACAUCAUGCAAAGAAGGGAUUAUGAAGUACUGGUUUCACCCAUUCUUCUCCCGCUGAGUGAUGAAGACUUACUCAGUUAUAUCACUAAAGCGCUUAAAGUUCAAUAUGGUAAAGAUGGAGAGUUGAAGUUUUUCUUUGAUGAGUUUAAGAGAAGGAAGAAUAAAAUAGGUAAUUCUAGGAGAGAUAAUCCUUCAAUUGAACCUUCAUCACAAAGACAGAAGCUUGAAAUUGACAUCAACGACCUCGAAGAAUUUAAAAGAGAAAAGAAUGACCAAAUAAAAGAAGAAAGUCAACAAUCCCUCCCUCAAAACAUUAAUAUCUCAUCAUUCCACCCAAAACCUUCUGAUAAAAACACACCUCCGCACAAAAAGUCCCACCUCCAAACCCCUUCCUCCCCUUCCAACCCUCCAAAUCCCACCCCAAUCCCUCACCAAGUCCAAAUCACCCACCAAUCCAACAUCUUCCCCUCCACCUCUUCCAAAAGUCCUUCUCCUCCACUAUCCCCACAUCCCCAGCCCACAUCCCCAAAAUCCCCUUGCUCUUCUAACUCAGACCUCCACUUAGAGUCAGCCCAGUCCCGUUCUUCAGGAAAAGAGGAUUAUAAGGUUGAGGUGAAAUCUUCUGAGAAGUCAGCUUCGGAGAUAACAGAGCAAAUUGAUGAAGCUAUUAGUGAAAGUGAUAUUAAAGAGGAAUUAGAAAGUAGUCAAAACAAGAGUGAAGAUAACAUUGAGAAUAAAGGACAGAUAGAAGAAAAAUUGGAGGAAGAGAAAGUAGCGAGCCAAGUGAAAAAUGUCAGAUGAAGAAGAGAUAACCCCUCUCUCCCCUAUCCAAGACUCCAACCCCCCUACAACCAUCACAGAACCCCCUCAAACCCACCCAAUUCUCUCCAAAUCUUCCCAAAAACCCCCUCCCCAUCCCAAAAUCCAGCUCCCACAUUGUCGAGCCCAGAACAGAAUUUCGACCAUGAAGACCCCCAGAUCUCAGAAUCUAUAAAGGAAGAAUCAGGCAUGGGAGAUUGGUACCCUCAGUCACAAAGCUUCGAUAAAAUACAAUUCUAG